CGCCAGUGCCCAACAUGGCGGCGGGCGGCGGCGGCGGCGGCUGUGGGGGGACCCCGCUCUCGCCGGGCCCGUUCCUGCCGCCGCUGCUGCUGCUGCUGGCGCUGCCCGGCGGCGCCGUGCCCGCGGCCGACACCGUGGUGCUGGGGCUGCGCCUGGAGGAGAGCACCAAACCGGCGGCGGCGGCCGCGGUGGCACCGGCGGGGGCGGCCGAGCGCGGGCCCAUCCGCCUCACGGAAGGCAGCGAGGCCUUGCUGCGCCUCUACGGGCUGGGGCUGGGCCCCGGCGCCGCCGAGCGCGUGGCCUUCGCCGAGCUGCGGCCGGGCGGCAACGCCUCGAGCGGCAACGCCACGUGCCAGGAGCGCUCGCAGGACCUGGUGGUGCGGCCGGGCCCCGCCGAGCCCCGCGACACCUCGGCCCUGCUGCGGGUGCGGGUGCAGCCGCUGCGCAAGGACGAGCGCGCCAAGACGUACGUGCUGUGCUCGCAGCGGCGGCCCGGGCAGCCCUGGCUGCCGCACCAGGGCCCCGACGGGCACGUGCUGGUGCUGGAGGAGAAGAAGUCGCUGCUGCCGCUGUGGCUGCAGGUGAUCCUGAUCGCGGGCUUGUUGGUGCUCUCGGGGAUGUUCAGCGGGCUCAAUCUGGGCUUGAUGGCGCUCGACCCCAUGGAGCUGAGGAUCGUGCAGAACUGCGGCACCGACAAGGAGAAGCGCUACGCCCGCAAGAUCGAGCCCAUCCGCAGGAAAGGGAAUUACCUGCUCUGCUCGCUGCUGCUGGGCAACGUGCUGGUGAACACCACGCUGACCAUCCUGCUGGACGACCUGAUCGGCUCCGGCAUCGGCGCCGUGGUGGCCUCCACCAUCGGCAUCGUCAUCUUCGGCGAGAUCGUGCCGCAGGCGCUGUGCUCGCGCCACGGGCUGGCCGUGGGCGCCAACACCAUCGUGGUCACCAAGUUCUUCAUGCUGGUCACCUUCCCGCUGUCCUACCCCAUCAGCAAGCUGCUGGACUGCAUCCUGGGCCAGGAGAUCGGCACCGUGUACAACCGCGAGAAGCUGGUGGAGAUGCUGAAGGUGACGGAGCCCUACAACGACCUGGUGAGGGAGGAGCUCAACAUGAUCCAGGGAGCGCUGGAGCUGCGCACCAAGACGGUGGAGGACGUGAUGACGCCGCUGCAGAACUGCUUCAUGAUCAACAGCGACGCCAUCCUGGACUUCAACACCAUGUCGGAGAUCAUGGAGAGCGGCUACACGCGCAUCCCGGUCUACGAGGACGAGAGGUCCAACAUCAUGGACAUCCUCUACGUCAAGGACCUGGCCUUCGUGGACCCCGACGACUGCACGCCCCUCAAGACCAUCACCAAGUUCUACAACCACCCCGUGCACGUGGUGUUCCACGACACCAAGCUGGACGCCAUGCUGGAGGAGUUCAAAAAGGGGAAGUCCCACCUGGCCAUCGUGCAGAAGGUGAACAACGAGGGUGAGGGUGACCCCUUCUACGAGGUGCUGGGGCUAUCCCUCCCCACAAGUUCCCAUUUUGGGGUUCCUGGUGGUCUCCUGGAGGUGACCCCGCUGCUCCCCACAGUUGACAACCGCAGCAGGAAGAAGGUGUGCAACCACAAGAACCGGCGGGACUUCUCGGCCUUCAAGGACCCCGACAACGAGCUGAAGGUCAAGGUGUCACCUCAGCUCCUGCUGGCUGCCCACCGCUUCCUGUCCACCGAGGUGACCCUCUUCACCCCCAACUUCAUCUCGGAGAAGAUCCUGCUGCGGCUCCUCAAGUACUCGGACGUCAUCCAGGAGCUGAAGUUCGACGAGGAGAACAAGAAAUCCCCGCGGCACUUCCUGUACUGCAAGAACAAACCGGCCGACUACUUCAUCCUCAUCCUGCAGGGCAAGGUGGAGGUGGAGGCCGGCAAGGAGUGCAUGAAGUUCGAGGCUGGAGCCUUCUCCUACUACGGGGUGAUGGCCCUGAGUCCUCCUCCAGGAUCUGAGAUCCGCUCCCCGUCCCACAUGAGCGGCCUGAACCGCUCGGCCUCGCUGAGCUACCACGAGCGCUCCGACUCCAUCUCGUCGCCGGCCAGCGGCAGCAACAACCAGCUCAGCGCGCAGUACGUGGCCGACUUCAGCGUGCGCGCCCUCACCGACCUGCAGUUCGUCAAGAUCACGCGCCAGGAGUACCAGAACGGGCUGCUGGCCUCGCGCAUGGACAGCUGCCCCCAGUCCCCCGACGGCGGCGCCCCCCGGGCCGAGCCGGGCGCGGCGGAGAGGCCGGAGAGGACGGAGAGGACGGAGAGGACGGAGAGGACGGAGGCGCCGGCGCCGGCCGACGAGACCACGAGCCUGCUCAACGAGAGGAACUGCCUGAGCCGGCGCGGCAACCACAGCGGCACCGAGAACAUCUGACCCCGGCCGCGCCGGCCGCCUCGGCGAGCCCGGCGUGCACGGACCUUCCCGGGA